AUGUUCCGCCAGAGCGUCCGGAGGUUCGCGACCAGCGCCGCCAUGGCCGCCAGGCCUGUCGCCGCUGCGUCUGAGCCUACCGCCAAGACGAUUGCCAUCUCCAAGGCGCAAGGCAUCGCCAAGGGCUUGACUGGAGCCAUCGGCAACACGCCCCUGAUCCGCCUCAACCGCCUCUCCGAGGAGACCGGGUGCGAGAUCCUCGGCAAGGCCGAGUUCAUGAACCCGGGCGGCUCCGUCAAGGACCGCGCGGCGCUCUUCGUGGUCAAGGACGCCGAGGAGCGCGGGCUGCUGCGGCCGGGCGGCACCGUCGUCGAGGGCACGGCGGGCAACACGGGCAUCGGCCUCGCGCACGUGUGCCGCUCGCGCGGGUACAAGCUCGUCAUCUACAUGCCCAACACGCAGUCGCAGGGCAAGAUCGACCUGCUGCGCCUGCUCGGCGCCGAGGUCCACCCGGUCCCCGCCGUGGCGUUCGACAACCCGCAGAACUACAACCACCAGGCGGCGCGGCACGCCGAGGCGCUCGACAACGCCGUCUGGACGGACCAGUUCGACAACACGGCCAACCGCCGCGCGCACAUCGAGACGACGGGCCCGGAGAUCUGGGCCCAGACGGGCGGUCGCGUGGACGCCUUCACGUGCGCGACCGGCACGGGCGGCACGCUGGCCGGCACGACGCGGGCGCUCAAGGACCUCAGCGGCGGGCGGGUCCAGUGCUUCCUCGCCGACCCCCCCGGCAGCGUGCUGCACUCGUACAUCAGCAGCGGCGGCAAGCUGGUCGAGCGCGCGGGCAGCAGCAUCACCGAGGGCAUCGGCCAGGGCCGCGUGACCGAGAACCUGAGGCCCGACGUCGAGCUGCUCGACGGCUCGCUGCACAUCGCCGACGAGAAGAGCAUCGAGAUGGUCUACCGGUGCCUCGACGAGGAGGGCCUGUACCUGGGCGCCAGCUCGUCCCUCAACGUCGUCGCGGCCAAGGAGGUCGCCGAGAAGCUGGGCCGCGGCCACACCGUCGUCACGAUGCUGUGCGAUGGCGCCUAUAGAUAUGCGGACCGGCUGUUCUCCAAGAAGUGGCUGACGGACAAGGGCUUGCUCGGUGCCAUCCCCAAGCACCUGGAAAAGUAUAUUGUGUUGCCAUAG